AUGACAGAGAAAAUUGUAGGCAAACCAUCAUCAGCAUCAAGUUCUAAUUCCAUUGAUAUAAUAACUAACAAUUUGAAUAAACAAUCAGUAUUAGAUUCAUUUCAGUUUCAAGAUACUGUUUUCAAAUCAUUUACAUAUAUAAUUAUUUUAUUACCUACUUUAACAUCGAUCAUAUAUCCAAAUUCCAACGUUUCAUAUUUUUCAAAUAAUGAACAAAUAGGCAAUUUUAUAAUUGAUUUAUUAACAGUUUUAUUAAUUAGUUGUGUUGUUAGAUUUACCAUGGAGUGGCCAUAUAAUUGGUUGAAGAAAUUAAAUCAAACAAAAAUGAGUUUAUUAAAACAAGAAACAGGAAAUACUCAAAAGAAAUUGUUGUUAAUUAGAAAGAUAAAUACUUUUGAAAUCAUUGCAUUAAUUUCAUGUCUUGUAACAUCAAUUUUUAGCUCAAUUUUAUUAAUUUGGACAAGAAAUUAUACAAUUAUUGAUGGGAAAAGAAAGAGAAUGGUAUUUAAUAAUGUUAAUAUUGCAUUAUUACAAUUUUGGUCAAUUUUUAGAAUUAUAAUUACAUUUACUAAUAUGUUACAAUUUACAAGUUUGAAUGAAAAUGAAGUUGAUGAAAUGUUAAUUGAUCAAAAUAUAAAUAGAAGUUGGUAUUCAGAUUUGAAAUAUUACUUUUUACCAAAUACAACGAGUACUUUAUUAAUUAAUCAGUUACGAUGUGAUCACAAAUCAGAAGUUGACAAAUUAAAACUGGAUAUGAAAUUAUUAAAGAAACAAAUUGACAAGGAGAAAUCUACAACCAAAAGUAAAUCAAGUAAUGAUACUUCUUCAUUUACUCCAUUCCCAUUGAAUAAAUCUCCAAUGGGCUCACCUACUCAAUUACUAUCACAUUUUGAAUUUUCAGAUACAACAAUAACAAAUAAAAAGAAAUCAUCAUCCCCAAAACCAAUAGAACAAAAAUUACCAUUUAAUAUGAAUUUAAAUUCACCAUUGAAUACAAUUAUGGAGGAAGAUGAUGAUUUAAUUGUCGAAACUCCUACUUCCUCAUCAUUUAAUAAAUUUGAUUCAACUCGUUCAAUUGAAAAAUCAUUAAUUAAAGAAUUAAACGUCAUAUUCAAAUCAUUAUCAAAAGAAUUAACAAUAUCAGAUUUAAUUAAAAAUCCAAACUUGGUUAAACUAAAAGUAUUAGAAUCUUUAAAUGUAUUACUUACUCAAUUUUCACAACUUCAAAUAUUGAAAAUUUUAGUUUAUGAAAUUUGGGAUAAUAUUUUAUUACUUGAUGUUUUUAGACAUCCAUUUAGAUCAAUGAUCAAUUUAAUUAUAAGAAUUCCUUACUUGAUAGUCAGAGCUUAUUUUAAAUAUGUUUUAUAUUUACCUGUUGUCAUAUUUUUCAGAUUAUUCUUCAUUAAACCGAUAAACUUAAUGGGUUUCAUCGUUUACAAUGUCUAUACAAUAUUAAUCAAAAAAGAAACAAGGAAAGAAAUGAAAAUAGAUAAUAAGAAACAAACUUUGAAUAGAGAGAAAGAAGAAUUUAGAAUGAAAAAGUUUCAUUUAAGUCCAGUGAUUCCGAAAGAGCCAAAAAUAACUACAACAAAUAAUAAUAUUAGUAAAUUCAAUACUAAUCCUAAUUAUAUAAAUAGGAAUAAUUUCAAAUUUGAUGAUUAUAGUAAUUUGGAUAGAAAUUAUUCAAAUAGAUUUAAUAAUAGGAAAAAUAAUGGGUUUAAAACUGGGUUUUAUGAUGAUUUAUAUACGUGA